CCCGCCCGCUCCCCUCUUCCUCUCUCUAUCGUCUCCACUUGUCCCCGCCGGAAUCCACCGACCGAUGGCCCUCAAAUUCGCCGCUCCUCUCCCCCUCUUCCUGUCAAAUCCGGCGACCCCUUCCCCCCGCGCUGCCCCCUCCACCGAGGUCCGCUUCUCCCGCUGGCAUAACGCUAACGCUGAGCCCUUCCUCAGGCGCCGCCGCUCCCAGCAGGAGAUCGAGGACGACCUCCACCGCCUCCGCCGCCACCAUUCCGCCCUCGAGAUCGCUGAGGAUACCGCCGCCGACGGCCCCUCCUCGGUCACCGCCGAUGCCCCGCCGCCCUCACCUGCCGGUUUCCGGUCCCACGGCACCCCCUCCUCCCCCUCCAUCCCAGGAAAAGCCUUCAAGUACUCGAAGCCCCCCCUAAACCCCAAAAACCGUAACUCCCCUUCCUCCCACCCCGCCUUCCGCCGGAUCGCUAGGGUUUCCCGGACGGCUACCGUUUCCCCGGACGGGGAGACCGGGAUUGCGGUUGGGGAGAAGGGAAUUACGUAUAGGAUCGAGGGGGCGCCCUUUGAGUUCCAGUAUAGUUACACGGAGACGCCAAAGGUGAAACCUUUGGCACUGAGGGAGCCUCCGUUUCUGCCGUUCGGGCCGAGCACGAUGCCCAGGCCUUGGACGGGGCGGGCGCCGCUCCCGCCGAGCAAGAAGAAGCUGCUGGAGUUCGACUCGUUUAAACUCCCGCCGCCGGAGAAGAAGGGGGUGAAGCCGGUGCAGUCUCCGGGGCCUUUCGUUUCCGGGUCGGGGCCCAAGUACCAUGCGGCAUCGAGAGAGGAGAUUUUGGGAGAGCCGCUGACGCAGGAGGAGAUCAAGGAGUUGGUCAAGGGGUGCAUGAAGAUCAGGAGACAAUUGAACAUCGGUAGAGAUGGUUUAACACAUAAUAUGUUAGAUAACAUUCAUGCUCAUUGGAAAAGGCGGAGGGUAUGCAAGAUAAAAUGCAAAGGAGUGUGCACAGUUGAUAUGGAUAAUGUCCAUCAGCAAUUAGAGGAGAAAACUGGAGGGAAGAUUAUAUACAGUAAGGGAGGAGUGAUCUUCCUGUUUCGUGGUCGAAACUACAACUGGAGAACCCGCCCCAGAUUUCCUCUUAUGCUAUGGAAACCUGUAACACCAGUGUAUCCACGGUUGCUUAAGCGGGUACCAGAGGGAUUAACUUUGGAAGAAGCAUCUGAAAUGCGUAAAAGAGGGCGUGAACUACCACCAAUAUGCAAACUUGCGAAAAAUGGUGUUUAUUGUAACCUUGUUAAACAAGUCAGAGAAGCAUUUGAAGCAUGUGAGCUGGUCCGGAUAAACUGCAAGGGUCUGAACAAAAGUGAUUGCAGGAAAAUAGGUGCCAAGCUCAAGGAUCUAGUCCCAUGUGUCCUACUUUCGUUUGAAUAUGAGCAUAUACUUAUGUGGAGAGGGAAAGAUUGGAAAUCAUCUCUUCCACCACUAGAAGACAAUCAUACUGAAGCUGAAGAAACUAUUACCGGUGACCCAACAAUUACUUCAUCCAUUAUCAAUGGUCCAUUACUGAAUGACCAGGACUUCCAGGAUUCAGGUACUGGAAAGAGCUUACAUGAGGUGCUCGGUAUUGAAGUGCCUAGUAAAUUGGCUCUAGAUGAUAACAUGGGUAUAAAGCCCACUGAGGAUCUUUCGAAUUUGAAAAAUUUAAGUGUGCCAGUACCAGCUCAUGUGGAUCCAACCAGCAUGACUAGCAAGGCAUUUGAUAUCUCAACUGAGACUCACCAGGAAUCUUCAAUUGUUAAUGACCUACGAUCACCUUCAGGUGCUGGAGACAGCUCAGAGGAGGAAAAAUGUCUUGAAAUACCUCGUCGAAGCAUUUCUCUGGAGACAAGUUUGAACACAGUAGAAAAAGGUAAGGACCUUUACCAUUCAGGAAGAGAAGCUCAGCUGCUGUUGGCAGCUUCUUAUGAGAGUUGCAACAGGCAUGAGGACAUUAACGCAGUCACCAAUGUAGAUGACGAAAUGAUAAACAGUGAUAAAUUGGAAAUGAGAGAAGCAGAUAGUCCAAUAUGCCAGGAUAAUAUGAGUUCUAGCGGGGCAUGUUUGGAAGGAGUAAUGCUUCUUCUGAGGCAAGCUGUUGAGAGUGGUAGGGCACUCAUCUUGGAUGAUCAGUCUUUGGAUGCUAAUAUUGUUUUUGAGAGGUCUGUUGCUCUUGCCAAGACAGCUCCGCCUGGGCCAAUCUUCCAGCAUAGAGUAAAGAAAUCAGCUGUUCAGAGGUCUCAGAAAGACAAGGGUGACAAAAUUGAGGAGCAAGAUACAGAAGUUGAAGCUGUUCCUAUCUCAGAAAAGAGAACUAAUGAUAAAUUCAACUCUCGGAAUCGGAGAAGGGAUGAUUUCCCAGGGGUUUUGUCAGAUGUGGUCCCACAUGGAACCCUGCGAGUUGAUGAACUUGCAAAGUUGCUGGUUUAAUGGUGUGGUAAAGAAAAGUGUGGAAUGACUUUCAAUUUUUCAUAUUUCUGUCUGGCUAUUAACUCUAGAUGUAGGCCACUUUGUGGUUAUAUAACAAAGUUAUGUAAGGAUUUGUUGACUGUUUUCAUGAGCCUAUUAUCUGCAGCUUGUAAUGAGAGAUGGCAGUAGAAACAUGCUAUGAAAGGUUUAAAGCCUGUGAAGUUAUUGUUAUAAAGGGCGGAGCAGGAAAUCAGUGGGUAUGAUAUAACACAUCAGAACAACUAAGAAUUUAAUGGGCAUUGACUUGUAAUGAGUUUUCAGUGGAACAAUACAUCAACUACAAAUUGCAGAGAGAUCAAUGCAAUAAAAACAAUAUUUCUCUUCUUCAUUGUUACUAUCCCUAUUUGCAAGCUUCCACAGACUAGAGAGAAUGGAUAAAAGGAAGGCAAGGAAUAUAGUUCUUUAUUAUGGGUGUUGAUGCUGUAUAACGACUUCCCUAUCUAUAUCAGGACCGCCUACAAUCUUCUUCCAAUACCAGUGCUUCUCCCACAGUUGAGACAUCUCCUCUAUUGGCACUUGCUUUGUUUCAGGCAGAAGAAAGAUGAUAAAAAAGGUCAUAACGGCGAUAAGGCUGGCAAAAAGGAUGAAGACUCCGUAUCUGAGGUGGCACAAUGAAAGAAGGAAGCAUUGCGCUACUGCAGCGGUGAAGAAGAGGUUGACACAAACCACCAGGCUUUGUCCUGCUGAUCUUGUCUCCAGGGGGAAGAUCUCACUUGGAACCAACCAGGAAAGAGGCCCCCAUGACCAGCCAUAUGCCACUACAAAUGCACAUAUUGCAAUCACUAGAAGGACAGCUACAUUUUUGGGAAGCAUCUCUCCAUGACCAAAUGUCAGUGCAAGAGUGACAGCGACAAUCACCUGUGGACAUCAAGAUAUGCUGGGCAUAAAUAAAAGAGGAACUUCCUUCCAAACCUAUCAACCACUGCCAUUGAGACAAGUGCACCAAUCAGUAGCAUUGCACUGGUUAUAAUUGAUGAGUACAGGGAAGCCGCAGACCCAAAACCCAAACUUUGGAAGAUUACGGGUGAAUAGAACAGUAUGGAAUUCAUGCCAGUGAGCUGCUGGAAUGCGGGGAUCCCAAGCGCUCCAAUCACAAGCUGUGGACGGUUCCUUGGUUUCAAAAGGUUCUUAAAAGGGUGUUUCACCGCUCUUGCAGCUUCACUUGCCUCCACUAGGUCCUCCAAUUCUGCCUCCACCUUCGUGGUACCCCUUACUUUCUCUAAGAUAUUCCUUGCUUCAUCCAGCCUACCUUGUUCCACGAGGCUGUUUGGAGUCUCAGGAAGGAAAAGACCACCAACAACCAUUAGAGUCGCAGGCACCACCGCCAAACCAAGGGAUAAUCUCCAUCCCCAUGGGUGGAGCUUCUCUGUGAAGUAGUUGAUAACAUCGGCAAUCAAAAUCCCCAAGCAGGUUGUUAGUUGAAAUAGUUGGUUGACUGCCCCUCGGAUUUUAUAGGGUGCUAUCUCACAAAGAUAGAGUGGAACUGCCUGUUGGCAAAACAGAACUUAGAAAGUGAUUGUUAAAGUUGGCAUUGUUCCCAUCUGUACAGGUAUGUGUAUGUACGCCUGCAUGUCAGGAACAGAAGCAGGCAUCGUCUGUGUGUAUACAUGUAUGCAUAUGUAUGCUAUUGUUUGUA